AUGAGCGCCUUGAGACCAGGUAGCAGCAGGGCUGUCUCCCCGCCGGGGGGGCGGCGGUGGUGGUGGUGGGUCCUGCUGAUGGGGGUGAUGGCGGGUUCGGGUGGGUCGUGGAGGUUCGGGGCCGCCUGCCCUUCCUCUUGUUCCUGCAGCGGGACCAGAAUCUCCUGCGUGGACCAGGACCGAGGUAUCAUCGCUUUCCCCGUCCUCCCAAACGAACUGGAGAUGGAGAAUAUCACCGACAUCUACAUUGCCAACCAGAGCAGCUUCUCCUCCAUCAAUGACAAAGACCUGCACCUAUACAAGAACCUCAGGAACCUAACGGUGACAAACAGCAGGCUAACAUAUGUGUCCAAGCUGGCUUUUCAAAACAACCUGAAACUACAGUACUUGAAUCUGAAAGAUAAUAACUUGUCAUCACUGUCCUGGAGGAUAUUCAGACAUCUCAACAUCUCAUAUCUGAUCCUGUCAGGGAAUCCUCUUCGCUGCUCCUGUGAGAAUAUGUGGAUCAAGCUUUGGUUGGCAGAGGAGGCAGACACACAGGAGCUGCGCUGUAUUGAGGAGGGAGGAGCACGCAAGGCGCUGUCCAAACUAACACUACCUAACUGUGUGGUUCCUAUGGUAACGCUGAGUCCAUCCAGGAUGACGGUGAAAGAGGGGGAGGAUGUAGUGCUGACCUGUAACACCUCUGGAGUCCCUUCGCCUGAACUUAUUUGGAACACGAACCCCUUGGUCACCAACUAUGAGAUCCAGGCGUCAGGCCAGAUGUCGUUGCUGCAUCUGUCCCAUGUCUCAUCGCUGGACCACAACAGCAAGAUCACCUGCACGGCUGAGAACAUCGUGGGGGAGAAGGAGUCCUCGCUGCUGCUGGAUAUACUCUAUCCUCCCAACAUCACAAAGCUAAGUGGUGCAGUCUCGGACCACCAAUGGUGCAUCCCCUUCAGCGUGGCAGGAAACCCGGAGCCUCAGCUGCAGUGGUUUCUGAACGAUGAAGCAGUAUUGGAGGGGGAUUACAUAAUGACCAUGAUCCAUGACGUCACCGAGAGGGAGUAUCACGGCUGCUUACAUCUGGACAGCCCCACCCACAUCAACAAUGGCCUGUACACACUGGUGGCUACCAAUGAAUAUGGAGAGGACCGCAAGACCAUGGUGGCUCAUUUCAUGCUCGAGCCCUGGGAGGGAACCGCAACUGACCCUUUAUAUUACGACCCAACCACAGAUGGUCCCCCUCUCGACCCACCUGAGGACCGAGUUGCUGUAUAUGUUGUGGUUGGCAUUGCAGCUGUAGCAUUCACUGGCUUCCUCCUCAUGCUGGUUAUCCUUAAGUUUGGUGGGAACUCCAAGUUUGGCAUCAAAGGACCAUCAUCAGUUAUCAGUAACGACGAUGACUCGGCCUCUCCUCUCCACCACGUUUCAAAUGGCAGCAACACCCCGUCCUCUUCGGAGAUGGGCCCCGAUGCCGUCAUUAUCGGCAUGACCAAGAUCCCCGUCAUAGAGAACCCUCAGUACUUCAGGAGCACAAACAGCUUGCUUAAAUCUGACACUUUUGUCCAGCACAUAAAGAGACAUAACAUUGUGUUGAAGAGAGAGCUAGGGGAGGGGGCGUUUGGAAAGGUCUUCCUGGCCGAGUGUUAUAACCUCUCACCUGACCAGGAUAAGAUACUGGUGGCUGUCAAGACUCUCAAAGAGGCAAGUGAGAAUGCCAGAAAAGAUUUCCAUCGUGAGGCCGAGCUGUUGACCAACCUCCAACAUGAGCACAUUGUGACUUUUUAUGGAGUGUGUGUGGAGAGUGACCCUCUCAUUAUGGUCUUUGAGUACAUGAAACACGGAGACCUCAACAAGUUCCUCAGGGCCCAUGGUCCAGAUGCUGUUUUGAUGGCGGAGGGCCAGACCACCAGACCUGUGGAGCUGACCCAGUCUCAGAUGUUACACAUCGCCCAGCAGAUAGCAGCUGGCAUGGUUUACCUGGCAUCACAGCACUUUGUACACCGUGACCUUGCUACCAGGAACUGCCUGGUGGGUGAGAACCUGCUGGUAAAGAUUGGAGACUUUGGUAUGUCCCGGGAUGUCUACAGUACUGACUACUACAGGGUGGGAGGACACACUAUGCUGCCAAUCCGCUGGAUGCCUCCAGAAAGCAUCAUGUACAGGAAGUUCACCACAGAGAGUGAUGUUUGGAGUUUAGGAGUUGUCCUCUGGGAGAUCUUCACCUAUGGAAAACAGCCUUGGUACCAACUCUCCAACAACGAGGUGAUAGAGUGUAUAACCCAGGGCAGGGUGCUGCAGCGUCCCAGGACCUGUCCUAAAGAAGUCUAUGAUCUGAUGCUUGGCUGCUGGCAGAGAGAACCACACAUGAGACUAAACAUCAAAGAGAUCCAUGGCCUGCUCCUCAACCUGGCUAAGGCCUCACCCGUGUACCUUGAUAUAUUGGGCUGA